UGUUUCGAGUGUUUGCGCAACAGACGGACGGCUAGAGAGAGAGAGAGAGAGAGAGAGAUGGCGGUAGCAGGAAGGCGGAACGGCAUGGAGGAUGAAGAAGAAGGAGAAGAGGGAAUACUUUUUGACGAACAGCUCGAGUUCCUGGGAGACGUCUCCGACUCCGACACCCCGCCUCACCUCCGUGACCUAGCCACGGCGGCGGAGCGUGGCAACGUCGAGGACCUCCGCUUGGCCCUAGAUAAUUUCAUUGGAAGUAUUGAUGAACCUGUGGAGGAUGGGGAUACUGCCCUUCAUCUUACCUGUUUGUAUGGCCAUUUACCUUGUGUCCAGCUCUUGUUGGAGAGAGGAGCUAACUUGGAGGUGAAGGACGAAGAUGGAGCACUUCCCCUUCAUGAUGCUUGUGCAGGAGGAUAUACAGAUAUAGUCCAGCUUCUACUCAACAGUGGUAAUAGUCCGGAAUGUGUUAAGAGAAUGCUGGAAUCUGUUGACCUGGAUGGUGAUACGCCCCUUCAUCAUGCUGCCAGAGGUGAGCACAUGGAGGCUAUUAGGUUGUUGCUGGCCUCUGGGGCGUCUCCUAAUAGGGAAAAUGUCUAUGGAAAGACUCCACGUGAACUUGCUGAACCCGACACGGAAGCUAGGAGAAUUUUGGAAGAGGCUGCCAGUGCCAUGGCUGGCCAUUAGGAUUUUCAGUCAUGAUUUUGCUUAUGCUUUGGUCACUGCUUUAGUAGUAAAUUAGGAUAUAUAGGUUGAUAUCCUGACCUGUCGGGAAAUUGUGAAAUGCUCGUGGUUUGUAAUCGAGAUAUAUUCUGUAUCCACGCUUGAGGGGAUGAUUCUGUAGGUUAGCAUUAUUGUUACAGAGUUUAUCUUCUUGAAAUUGACUUAAUAUCAAGAGAAGAAUUCAUCCCCCUCGUUCCUGCUGAGUAUGUUGUUGAUAUGUUCAAUAUGUAAUUAACUUGUCAUGCCCUGCUUCGUGGCAAAUGCUGAGACCCUCUGUGCUUCCUCCA